AAAAAUGAAGACCGCUGCUUGCAUCGCCGCUGCGUGCGCCACUUCGGCGUCGGCCUUCGUGGCCCCCAGCGCCUUCAACGGUGCCGCCCUCACCACUGCGGCCAAGUCCUCCUCGGCCAUGAAGAUGUCCUUCGAGUCCGAGAUCGGCGCGCAGCCCCCGCUCGGCUUCUGGGACCCGCUCGGCCUCCUCGCCGACGCCGACCAGGAACGGUUCGAGCGCCUCCGCUACGUGGAGGUGAAGCACGGCCGCAUUGCUAUGCUCGCCAUCGCCGGCCACCUCACUCAGCAGAACGUCCGCCUCCCCGGCAUGCUCUCCAACUCGGCCGACCUGUCCUUUGCCGACAUGCCCAACGGUGUGGCCGCCCUCUCCAAGAUCCCCCCGGCAGGCCUCGCCCAGAUCUUCGCGUUCGUCGGCUUCCUCGAGCUGGCCGUCAUGAAGAACGUGGAGGGCUCCUUCCCCGGUGACUUCACCAACGGCGGCAACCCCUUCGCAUCCUCGUGGGACGCCAUGUCCGAGGAGACCCAGGAGUCGAAGCGCGCGAUCGAGCUCAACAACGGCCGCGCCGCCCAGAUGGGCAUCCUCGCCCUCAUGGUGCACGAGGAGCUCAACAACAAGCCGUACGUUAUCAACGACCUCCUCGGCGCCAGCUACACCUUCAACUAAAUCCACCACACCUUUGUAACGGGGGAAUUUAGAGGGAGGAAUAGUUGUUGCCCUGCACUGGUGUUGUGUCUCGGAAGAUGAUAUGAUGAUCGUUUUGCCAGUGCUCGUUGGAUCGGAUUUUUUCAGCCCUUUUUACAUCGUGAGGUGCGCCUUUGUUCAAGUCCUCCUUCCGACCGUUUGGCUGUUGAGCACAACCACGCGUACAUGUCCUGUUGGUCAGAAGGUGUUCCGUAGAUGGGGCGGGACUUCAAUUGUAGAAUUUCUUGAGAGCGGGUUGCGAUAGAUGUAGAGGCAUGACUUUUGAGUGCAGACGGUUGCGUUGCGAUUGUUCUUGCGAGAGAAGGUCGUGAUGCAACCAAAUAAGUGAGACUUUUUUGACAGCAAGUCGUACAUUUUUCGCACAACGGUAGUGGGGUGGGUAGGGCAAGAUCAGGCGUGUUCUUUCCCUCACGCCACCCCCUGCAAAUCGAAACUGCUUGUUCGUGCAGAAUUGGUGUGCUGUGUCUGCAGCGACCGACCGUACAGAGCAAUGAUCAAGCGUCUGGCUUGCGCGGGGUACAUUCCGUCAACUCAGCAGGAGGGUGGUGUCGUUCCCGCCCCCUCCGAUUCGUUGUUGUCUAGUCUUGGGUUGGUUUGCGAUGGAUACUGAUGGCAACUUGAAAAUACGACAACGAAACCUCCAAGAAAUUGCAUCUUUUGAACGCACCUUGGUGCGAUCAGCAGCGAUGCCGUCUGCAGUGUGCGUGGUGAGUGGAUUUUUUUCACGUGCACUUUCUGCCCUGUUUUGGCUCUCUGAAACGCUGUUCCAAGUGGGUGGAUUGUCUCGCUCCCG